ACCGGUAAAAGACUUCACAGACUCUUUACAUUUCCCUCUUUUCUUUUCUCCUUUCUCCUUCAUUUUCUAUUCAGCUUCACUAUCAUCUCUUACUUCUCCCUCCCCUUUAUUUUACCUCCUCCCAUUCUCUGUUUGAUUUAUGGACAAAGGAUGGGGUCUAACCGUUCGUGAUUCUGAUCACUCAAUUGGGUUCCUUUCACACAACCCAUCGCCGCUUACUCUCAAUUCCUUUCAUACAAUGUUUCGUGCUACAGAUUUUCCGGUGAAACUUUCCCGGACUGACGACAACGAUGCGCCUCCACCGCCGCCCGACGACAAUCGCUUCGUCGUUAACGAGGUCGACUUUUUCUCCGAUAACAAAAGGGUGGCUGAUAAUCAGGAGGAUCAAGACGCAAAACCUUCCGCUAAUAUUCUCGCCACCGUUCUUGUCAAUAAAAACGACAACGUUUCCACUGCUACCGGAACUGCCUUUGUCAAUACUGGGUUGCAUUUGUUAACUGCUAACACCGGAAGCGAUCAAUCCUCGACGGUGGAUGAUGGAGUUUCAUCGGAUGGUGAUGAUAAACGAGCCAAAAACGAGUUAGCGCAGCUUCAAAUGGAGCUCCAGCGUAUGAAAGCUGAGAAUCACAAGCUUAGGGACAUGCUAAGCCAUGUGAGCAACAACUACAGUACCCUACAAAUGCAUUUCUUUACCUUAUUGCAACAGAAUCAGGCCUCCCAACCCGGUCAUGAAGCAGAGAUUGGGGAGAAGAAAUCGAGGGAAUUGAAACAAGAAGUGGGAAGGGCGGUGGUUCCGAGGCAAUUUAUGGAUCUAGGACCGAGUGGGAACACCGCCGAAAUGGAUGAAUUAUCUAAUUCAUCAUCGGAUGAAAGAACUCGUUCUGGGUCUCCGUUGAACAACAACAACAACAACAACUCGGAAUCCGCCUCCAAAAAGAGCAGUGCAAGAGAUCAUCUCGAAAUCGCCGCCCCUUCCGAGCAGGGGAAUUCUAAUGCCAGAGAUGCCAAACGAUCCAUCCCCAGAGAAGAAAGCUCUGAAUCAGAGUCUCACGGUUGGGGGCCUAAUAAAGCCCCUCGAUUCAACUCUUCUACUAAACCCCUCGAGCAAUCCACCGAAGCCACCAUGAGAAAAGCCCGCGUCUCAGUCCGUGCUCGAUCAGAAGCUCCUAUGAUUUCUGAUGGGUGUCAAUGGCGAAAAUAUGGGCAAAAAAUGGCCAAAGGAAACCCAUGUCCACGGGCUUAUUAUCGAUGCACAAUGGCUGUAGGUUGCCCUGUUCGCAAACAAGUGCAACGUUGCGCGGAAGACAGGACUAUAUUGAUAACAACUUACGAAGGCAACCACAACCAUCCACUUCCUCCCGCGGCGAUGGCGAUGGCGUCAACCACGACGGCGGCAGCUACCAUGUUGUUAUCAGGGUCCAUGUCAAGUGCGGACCAUAAUCUAAUGAACCCCAAUUUAUUGGCUCGAGCCAUACUUCCAUGUUCCUCAAGCAUGGCUACAAUUUCAGCCUCGGCUCCAUUUCCAACCAUCACGUUAGACCUCACUCAGACCCCAAACCCAUUGCAAUUCCAAAGACCCGCGGCAGCACCCUUCCACCUGCCAUUCCCCGGCGGACAACCACCGUUACCCCCCGCCCAAGUUUUGGGGCAACCGUUGUACAAUCAGUCAAAAUUCUCAGGGCUACAGCUAUCUCAUGAGAUGGGGGCCAAUUCCCCUCAUUUGGGUCACCCCCAAAUUGCACAACCGGCGCCCACAACCCAGUCUGGAGGUGCUUCUUUUGCCGAUACGUUGAGUGCCGCCACCGCCGCUAUCACCGCUGAUCCGAAUUUCACCGCCGCUCUCGCAGCCGCUAUCUCCUCCAUCAUCGGCGGAGCACAUUCGAAUACUAAUAGCACCACCACCACCAAUACCACAACAAACAACAACAACAACAACAACGGAGACAACAAUAGCAAAAUUAGCAGUUUCCCUGGAAAUUGAGUUACGUUUCUUCUUUCAUUUGUCCUGAUUCCCUAGUGGGGGUCGGUAUUUUUUGUCUCUUUAAUUUUUUUUUUUUUUUCCUUUUCUUCAAACAUGUCCAUACUUUUUCUGUUUU